AUGUAUUCAAAACAAACAAGCAAUCAUAUAACAACUCUCGAUGUACUGAAACAAGAAACAGCAACUUUUAUCAAAGAAAAUGAUGUGACAAUUGAAGAACUGAACUCAUUGAAAGAACAUCUCCGUGAAUUAGGAAAACUUGUUUGUGAAACGCACAAUGAUCUUGUGCGGUGUGAUGUAGAACCGUUGUCUAUUAAAUACAACUCAGUUCUUGUUUAUUCUGGGAAAAAUAAUUAUAUGCUUGGAGGGACAUUACUUUGCUCUGCUUAUCAAAUGAAACUGAAUGAAUUUUAUCGCAAAUCAACACAAAAAUGGCAAUUAAUUUACAAAGCACAAGUAGAUGGUUUUGGUGCAAAAGAUUUUCAUCGUUGUUCAGAUGGUAAAGGACCUACAAUGACUAUCAUAAUGAGUAAAAAUGAAAAUUAUUUGUUCGGAGGUUACGCAGCAAUAUCUUGGGGUUCCGAUAACACAUAUAAAAAGGAUCCAGCAGCGUUUUUAUUCACUCUAAAGAAUCCUCAUGGUAUUCAGCCUACUAAAUUUUCCUACAAUGCCAAAAUAGCCUGGAGCGUCGCUCAUAGGAACUCUCAUGGUCCAUGUUUUGGUGGAGUCAAGAGAAACGAAGAAGAAUUUGAUGACAUCAUUAUAUGUAGUAAUGCAAACGAAAGACAAGGUUCUCGAUCUUCAUUUCCGUCCAGCUACCUUGAUACAACUGGAAGGGGUGAAACACUUUUCACCGGAGAAAAGAACUUUACGCCAAGAAUCGCACACACGAAAAUGUCAGGCACAGCAACGGGUACAGUUGUUGGAAAAGAUGGAUGUGAAAAUGAGACAUUUACCGGCAAUGAAACAUUAACAGUCUGUGUUCAAGAUACUGCUCUUAUGGACGCACCAUCUACUACACUCGGCGAACAAACAAUAAGCUUGAAAGCCGGACAAACAUUCCCGGUUAAAUAUAGUGUUAAUUAUGACCAAGAAAAAGCAGAUCGACUUCCAGAAUAUGGUUUCACACUAAGUGCAAGAAUUGAAGAUCCAAGUGAAAUCAGUGAAGUGUAUAUUCUAUCCAUAAAAUAUUCAUUGGGCCUACAAAAAAUGUCGGGUGAUCGUCGUUUUCAAUACGGAGAUGUAACAGCUGAAGAUAUUGAAACGUUCAAUAAGCAUAAAGAACAAAUCAGUCAAGCAGUUCGAGAGAAAUUUCCAUGGGUUCCGGCUGAUUUCGAGCUGAAACCAGUGCUCUAUCGUUCUCCACCUGCCUGUGGUAAAAUUGAAGAUUUCAAGGAUAAUCGACAAAUGGCGAAGUUAUUUGUUUAUGAUUUUGUUACAUCAAUGAACGCGGAUGAAGAAUUUGUCGUUUUGGCUAUGAGAGAUCGACGAUUAUUGACUUUAAUGAUUGCGGAUCCCGAUGAUUCGACUUUACAGAAUCGAAUACAACAACUUCCGAGCAGGAAUAUCGAAUCGACUAACAAAUCUGAUGUUAAUAAACUCGUCGAAUAUUUGAACAAAUGUGCUGAUUUCAGUUCGGGUGAUGAAAAAGAAGAAAAAGACGAGGAAGAGUCAGAUUCGAAACAACGAUCGAUUGCACCAAUCAGCUCGUUUCGUUUUGUCACUCGAUUGACUGGUCGUUGUUCACAUUCAAAUAUGAAGAAUGACGAGGAAAUCCGAUCGAAAAUAAUUUCUAUAUUCGAAAACACCGAAGAAACCAUCGAUUUAGCCCAAGUAGAAAAUGAUUCGGAUGAUGAUGACGUUGUAUCAACACAUAUCGAACCACAACAAGCAACAGUCGAUACGAACCUAGAUGAUAUUCGUCAGAAGACAUCAGAAUACGAUGAAAAUCAAAUCAAAGGCGUCCAGUUCGCAAAUGCUGGAAGUGCAAAUCUAAAAGUUAUCAACAAUCAAUCGGUCACAUCAGAGACAUGCGUUAUUGUCUAA